AUGUUCAACUCUAGGAUUUACAAAGAAUAUAAGGAAUCUUCAUCUCACCAAGAUUUCAUUUCCCUAGAUAGACAGCCAUAUUAUGCUGCUAUGAGUUUAAUUCUAUCCAUUGUCUUUAUUACUGCAGCUGUUAUUCAAGCUUCUAGGUCUAAGGGUUUUAGUAAGUUACAAAUAGGUGCGUACUUAACAUACGCAGGACUUGGUUCUGUAUUAUUCGGCAUUGCUACUGUUUUCAUGGCCAAUUCAUUUGGGGUUUAUGUUUAA